AACGGAUGCGCUACAAGCGAGGAUACAAGUAUAAUCCCAGCAUUACGGCAAGGGGGCGGGCUGGUGUCGCGGGAGCUGGGCGCGAGUUCUCGUGAGAUCUCGGUGCAGGACGAGGAGGGAGAUCCAAGCCGGAGAGAGGGAGCCGGCUGCGGCGGCAGAGAGCUCACCAUGGAGAACCUGGAGGAUAAUACAACUGUGUUCUCCACCCUGAGAUCUUUCAACAACUUCAUUUCACAGCGUGUGGAGGGCGCAUCUGGUCCAUCCACACCAGGAUCAUUUCAAAGUACCUUGCAUAUGCAAUACCAGCAGAGGGUGCAGCUGGAGGAAGAAGCUGGGCAAAUCCGUUCCAAAUCUCAGCUCCUGCAAGUGGAACGGGAGAAGAUGCAGAUGGAGCUGAGCCACAAAAGAGCUCGCAUUGAGUUGGAGAAGGCAGCUAAUACUAACGCUAGGAGCUACGAGCGAGAGGCUGACCGUAACCAGGAGCUCCUCACACGCAUAAAGCACUAUCAGGAAAAGGAAGUGGAGGCUGAGGCUAAACUGAAGGAACAAAUGGAGAUGAAUAAAUCCUUUAAGAAGAGCAUGGAGACUGUGAGCAAGAAGCUGCAGGAGAAGGAGAGCAAACUGGCUGAAGCUAAUGAAAUGAUCAGCGUAUUGAAAGGGAAAAUAUCUGAGCUGCAGUGGAGUUUAAUGAAUCAGGAGAUGCAAAUGACAAGCCAGGAAUCUCAGAAGCAGGAGCUGAUGGAACAGCUGGAUGUGCAACACCAAAAAUGUCAGGAGGCCAACCAACAAAUCCAGUUGCUGCAAGCAAGCCAGUCUCUGUUGGCAGAACAUGAGCAGAAAAUUAAGGAUCUGGAACAGAAGCUCUCCCUGCAGGAACAAGAUGCUGCAAUUGUGAAGAACAUGAAAACAGAGCUGGCCCGAUUCCCAAAGAUGGAGCGGGAACUGCUCCAGCUCAGGGAGGAUAAUGCCUACUUCAGGGAAAUGAAGGAAAACAAUGGGUUACUCAGAGAGGAGGUGGAAGGUCUCCAGAGGAAACUGGAGCGCUAUGAGAAGCUUCAGGCCGAUCUAGUGAACCUCGAAUUGGAGAAUGAGAAACUUCUGGGAAAGUUGAAAAGCUGGGAAAAACUAGAUGAGAGCACUGGUUUAAAUAUCAGGACCCCUGAUGAUCUCUCAAGGCAGAUUGUUGCCCUGCAACAGAGGGAGCUUGUGCUGAAAGAGCAGAACUCUACCAUCACAAACAGUGCCCGGAUAUUAGAGAAGGCUCGGCAGCAGCUACAGGAAGAGGUAUUACGGAUCCAGAGCCAGCUACUGGAUGAGAAGAAAAAACGUGAGCAGCAUGAAGGUCUCGUCAGGCGCUUGCAGAAACGAGUGCUACUGCUUACCAAGGAGCGUGAUGGAAUGAGAGCAAUUCUGGAGUCAUACGACAGUGAGCUGACCCCAUCGGAGCACUCUCCUCAGCUGAGCCGGCGCAUGCAUGAGGCAGAAGAAAUGGUGCAGAAGGUGCAUGCGCACAACGCUGAGAUAGAGGCUCAGCUGUCCCAAGCUUUGGAAGAAGUGGGAACCCAGAAGCAAAGAGCAGAUAUGAUGGAGGUGGAGCUAAAGAGCCUGAAGUCUCAGGCAUGCACAGCAGCGCAGAGCACCUUCAUAACUACUGAGGAAGUGAACGCACUCAGGUUAAAAAUUGAAGAGUUGGAGGUUGAGCGAGGGCGGCUAGAAGAAGAGAACAAGACUCUGGAAAUGAAAUUGGAGAAGCUCACUCUCCAGGGUGACUAUGACCACAGUAAAACCAAAGUGCUUCACUUCAGCAUGAAUCCAGCAAGCCUGGCCAAGCAGCAGCGAAAGGAGGAACAGCACCAGCUCCAGGAAGAGUGUGAGAGGCUGAGAGAGCUGGUCAGGGUCUUGGAAGGAGGAGGCUCCAUCCCUGGGAAUCUGGAGAUGGUUGGAAGUUUGCAGUCACCCCAAGAAAUUGCAGAAUGCAACAGAAGGGUUCCUGUGACAAGCUGGAGAAGUAUCGCAAUGACGUUGAGGCUUUUUCUAAUUAGAGAGUCCCUCGGAUGACUCGCUUUCGGGUGGUUGGAAUGCUGGCUGGUUUGAGAGUGUCAGCAGCGCUGGCCACUACAGCGGAGUCCUGUCAGUUCAGAAUUUGUUUUGCCCUUCAGAAAUCAAGAGGUGCAGCCUAUUUGCUCUAACAAGGAGAGUCUGUGAUGAGAGAAAUUAUAACUGCAGCCAGCCGUGCUAGUGACUUCACCAUCUGUUGUGAAGGCUGUGGCUUGAAUGCCAGAACUGUCGGUAGCAAGCAUAAUGAUGACAAUAUUUUGCGCUUCUGUAGCACUUUCCAUCCGAGGGUCUCAAAGUACUUUCCAGACGUUAAUUAAAACUUCACAACAUCCUUGGGGAGGUAGGUAAGGUUCUCCACAUUACCCUUUUCUUGCUUGCAGAGUGGAAGAGAAUGUGUCACUAAUGUUUGGAAAACAAGUCCUUCCGGCCUUCCGUUACCCAGCUGCUUCAGGGAACAAUAAAGCCUUGUACACUUGGGUUAGUGCAGGUGAAUUUAAGUCAGUGAUGCAGUUAUGAAGAAAAGCUUGACGGGUUAACCACAGGUUGGAAUCUGGUACUGAGAAUGAUCUUGACAUUCCUGCUGUUUGUGCUGGCUCAAACUGGAAGCAUCAUUGACCCCUGAGCCCAAAGAUAGGUUCAGGUCUGACUUUGGAAGGGACUCUUACUCCUGACCUCUGCCUCCUUGAGAGUACUGUGGAAAUGGUACUUCAGGCUUGUGAGCAGAGGGAACUUUGUACCUCAUUGUUCCACAACAGUGGCAGUUUGUUUUGCAUGGUUGUUACUGCCUGAGGAGAGAGUUUCCUUUUCCAAUAAUGGAGGGCAAUAGAGUAGUUAGGGGGCAUAGAACAGCCCGACCUGAGCCAGCCUACCUAUCUGACCCAGUUUCUGGGGAACUGAGUAUCCCUUUUACAUACAUUGCAGUUGGUUGGACUUUGCGGGGCUACUCCUUCCAUUCAGAAUUCAAAGUAUAUAGUGCGACGUUGCACCCCAUAAUGCAUUAUGGGAAUAUGCUUAUGAAUGUAUAUAUGACAUAACUGGAAUAUGUUUUAUGCUACAUAUGCCAUGUAACAUAUCUAUGUAAAGGUUAUGAUCUACUGAAUAUAUUCAUCCUAUUUGUAUGCAUGUGUCGUUGUAUUUGAAGUUAUGAAUAUUGGCUGUAUACUUGUUUGAUUUUAAAUAACCUUAGUAAGGCAUUUGGUCAGCUUCUUUAGAAAGGAAUUUGCAAGUUAAAUGCCCAGUCAAGAAGCACUUACCAGACAAUGGAUCUUGGAAGGCUCCAAUCCACAUAAGAAGUCUACAUGAGAAUGUUCAAGGCAGCAUGUGAACCAUGGCUGCUACCUGUAAAUUCUGAGUCAUGCAUGGACAUGUGACUUGCCCAUGUGACUCCAAAACUCCAUCUUGUAACUGGAAUUCUACAUGGGGGAGGGAGGGGUAUCCACUCACAAGAGAAAGUCUAUUUAAAUGGAGACCCCUCCAUUUUGUCUUCAGCUGGCUCAAGAGAUAGCCUCUCCACGCUGAAGCAUACCUGAAAGAAACUGGAACAAAGGACAGUAACUACAGGGGGUGUGAGUGACUGCUGGACCCAGACUAGAAGGAGACUAGUCUGUAAAAGGAAGCUUACUAGAACUCCUUUGAGGGUGAGGUUUUAUCUGUAUUCAGUUUUCUUACUGUAUUAGGCAUAGACUUGUGGGCUUUAUUUUGUUUUGCUUGGUAAUUCACUUUGUUCUGUCUGUUACUACUUGGAACCACUUAAAUCCUACUUUCUGUAUUUAAUAAAAUCACUUUUUACUUAU